GCGAAGCAAAGAUAGAGUAUGCGGGUGUCGGGGUGAGUUAGCCAUGAGUUAUGCAGGAGAAAGUUCCUGGCGCUCUUCCCAAAAAGUCACAUUAUUGGGACGUGAGAAGUGCAGACAAACAGGCGGAGAGGGCAGCCAAACAUCAUGAGAGCUGUCACAAGUGAUGGAAGUGACGGUGUGUGUGUGUGUGUGUGUGUGUGUGUGUGUGUGUGUGUGUGUGCUUGUGUGUGUGUGGUGGCCUGGGAAGGCAGGGUCAUCAAGAGUUAUAAAUUUGAUCCCAGCUGGUUGCACAGCUGCUUCCUCUUUACCUGGACCGUGUAAGUCUGCUCCACUUUUUCAUCAUCCAUCAUGACCAGAGACACCAUUUCAAGGUUUAGACAUCCAAAUCAUUCACCAAACAAUCUUUAUGUUCUCUCCUGCACUGGCAGCGCUUUGUUUUCAGACACGUCUUGUUGAGUUCCUGGCAGUGCAGUCAUGGGCGAUGCGGAGAUGUCCGUGUUCGGGUCGGCCGCCUCCUACCUGCGGAAGUCGGAGAAAGAGCGCAUGGAGGCUUCCACUCGUCCUUUUGACAUCAAGAAGGAGUGCUUCAUCCCCGACCAGGUGGAGGAGUUUGUCAAGGCUUCCAUCACCGGCCGAGACGGAGACAGCGUGACUGUGCAGACGCAGCACGGCAAGACUGUGACCGUCAAAGAAUCCCAGGUUCUACAACAGAAUCCUCCAAAAUUUGACAAGAUUGAGGACAUGGCAAUGUUGACGUUCCUCCAUGAGCCUGCUGUGCUGUUUAACCUCAAAGAGCGUUAUGCAGCGUGGAUGAUCUAUACCUACUCUGGGCUCUUCUGUGUCACGGUCAACCCCUACAAGUGGCUGCCGGUCUACGACAAGGAGGUGGUGGUGGCCUACAGGGGAAAGAAGAGGAGUGAAGCUCCUCCUCACAUCUUCUCCAUCUCUGACAACGCCUACCAGUACAUGCUGGCAGAUCGUGAAAACCAGUCAAUUCUGAUCACCGGAGAAUCCGGUGCAGGAAAGACUGUCAACACAAAGCGUGUCAUCCAGUACUUUGCAAGCAUUGCGGCGGGGGGCGGCAAGAAAGACGCCAACGCCAAAGACAAGGGUACCCUGGAGGAUCAAAUCAUCCAAGCUAACCCCGCUUUAGAGGCUUUCGGGAAUGCCAAAACAAUCAGGAACGACAACUCCUCUCGAUUUGGUAAAUUCAUCCGAAUUCACUUUGAUACGAGAGGAAAGUUGGCCUCUGCUGAUAUUGAAACGUACCUUCUGGAAAAGUCUCGUGUGAUCUUCCAGCUUAAGGCUGAGAGAGAUUACCACAUUUUCUACCAGAUUCUGUCCAACAAGAAGCCGGAAAUUCUAGAGAUGCUGCUGAUCACAAACAAUCCCUACGACUACGCCUUCAUCUCUCAGGGGGAAACACAAGUCGCCUCCAUUGAUGAUGCCGAUGAACUGAUGGCCACCGAUAGUGCUUUUGAUGUGCUGGGCUUCACCCAAGAGGAGAAGAACUCUGUGUACAAGCUGACAGGCGCCAUCAUGCACUACGGGAAUAUGAAGUUCAAGCAGAAGCAGCGGGAAGAGCAGGCAGAAGCUGACGGCACGGAAGAUGCUGACAAAGCCGCUUAUCUGAUGGGCCUCAACUCUGCCGACCUCAUCAAGGGUCUCUGUCAUCCAAGAGUCAAAGUGGGGAACGAGUGGGUCACCAAGGGACAAAAUGUCGCCCAGGUGAACUACGCUGUCGGAGCGCUCUCCAAGGCUGUUUAUGAGAAGAUGUUCCUAUGGAUGGUGGUCCGGAUCAACCAGUCACUGGAGACCAAGCAGCCUCGCCAGUACUUCAUUGGCGUACUGGACAUCGCUGGGUUUGAGAUCUUUGACUUCAACACCUUUGAGCAGCUGUGCAUCAACUUCACCAAUGAAAAGCUGCAACAGUUUUUCAACCAUCACAUGUUUGUGCUGGAGCAGGAAGAGUACAAGAAAGAGGGCAUUGAGUGGACUUUCAUAGAUUUUGGUAUGGACUUGCAGGCGUGUAUUGACCUGAUUGAAAAGCCCAUGGGUAUCAUGUCCAUCCUUGAAGAGGAGUGCAUGUUCCCCAAAGCCAGUGAUGCCACCUUCAAAGCUAAGCUCUACGACAACCACCUGGGGAAAUCCAGCAACUUCCAGAAGCCCAGAAUUGUCAAAGGGAAACCGGAGGCCCAUUUUGCCCUGAUGCACUACGCCGGAACCGUUGACUACAACAUCAGCAACUGGCUGGUGAAGAACAAGGACCCUCUGAAUGAGACUGUGGUUGGUCUUUACCAGAAGUCUACCAUGAAAUUAUUGGCGCUCCUCUUUGCUAAUUACGCUGGGGCUGACUCAGCUAUGAGUGAAGGCAGUGAAGGCAAGAAGGAGAAGAAAAGGAAGGGUUCAUCUUUCCAGACGGUGUCAGCCCUUCAUCGGGAGAACCUGAACAAGCUGAUGACCAACCUGAGGUCCACUCACCCCCACUUUGUACGCUGCAUCAUCCCCAACGAGACCAAGACUCCCGGGGCCAUGGAGAACCCUCUGGUGAUGCACCAGCUGCGUUGUAACGGCGUGCUGGAAGGCAUCAGGAUCUGCAGGAAGGGCUUCCCCAACCGGAUCCUCUACGGAGAUUUUAAACAGAGGUAUCGCAUUUUGAAUCCUGCUGCCAUCCCCGAGGGACAGUUUAUUGACAGCAGGAAGGGAGCUGAGAAGCUCCUUGGAUCUCUGGAUAUUGACCACAACCAGUACAAGUUUGGUCACACCAAGGUGUUCUUCAAAGCGGGACUGUUGGGUCUCCUUGAGGAAAUGAGAGAUGAGCGUCUCUCCAAGAUCAUCACCGCCAUUCAGGCUCGAUCUCGAGGUCUUUUGUCUCGUAUUGAGUAUCAGAAGAUGGUGGAACGCAGAGAUGCGCUCUUGGUCAUCCAGUGGAACAUCCGCUCAUUCAUGGGGGUCAAGAACUGGCCCUGGAUGAAGCUGUUCUUCAAGAUCAAACCUCUCCUGCGGUCGGCUGAAGCGGAGAAGGAGAUGGCCAACAUGAAGGAAGAAUUCCUGAAGUUGAAAGAAGCGUAUGCAAAGUCUGAAGCACGUCGGAAGGAACUAGAAGAGAAGAUGGUCUCUCUUCUCCAAGAGAAGAAUGACCUGCAGCUCCAAGUUCAGGCUGAACAAGACAAUCUGUGUGAUGCUGAAGAAAGAUGCGAGGGGCUGAUCAAAAACAAAAUCCAGCUGGAGGCAAAAGCCAAAGAGCUGACGGAAAGACUGGAGGACGAGGAGGAGAUGAAUGCCGAGUUAAUGGCGAAGAAGAGGAAGUUGGAGGAUGAAUGUGCGGAGCUGAAGAAGGACAUCGAUGACCUGGAGUUAACGCUUGCUAAAGUGGAGAAGGAGAAGCAUGCCACUGAGAACAAGGUGAAGAAUCUGAUUGAGGAAAUGGCAGCUUUGGAUGAAAUCAUCGCCAAGCUGACCAAGGAGAAGAAAGCCUUACAGGAAGCUCAUCAGCAAACCCUGGAUGACCUUCAGUGUGAAGAAGACAAAGUCAACACUCUGACCAAGGCCAAGUCCAAACUGGAGCAGCAAGUGGAUGACCUCGAAGGGUCACUGGAACAAGAGAAGAAGGUUCGAAUGGACCUUGAGAGAGCUAAGAGAAAGCUGGAGGGAGACUUAAAGUUGACCCAAGAAACGGUUAUGGAUCUGGAGAACGACAAGCAGCAGCUGGAGGAACGUUUGAAAAAGAAAGACUUCGAAAUGAGCCAACUCAAUGGCAAAAUUGAAGAUGAGCAAGCCGUGAUCAUACAGCUUCAGAAGAAGCUGAAGGAGCUUCAGGCGCGUGUCGAGGAGCUGGAGGAAGAGCUGGAGGCCGAGCGAGCCGCUCGAGCCAAGGUGGAGAAGCAGAGAGCAGACCUGGCCAGAGAGCUGGAGGAGAUCAGCGAGAGGCUGGAGGAAGCCGGCGGAGCGACGUCCGUCCAGAUCGAGAUGAACAAGAAGCGGGAGGCCGAGUUCCAGAAGCUGCGCAGGGACCUGGAAGAGGCCACUCUGCAGCAUGAAGCCACCGCAGCCACGCUGAGGAAGAAACAAGCUGAUAGUGUUGCCGACCUGGGGGAGCAGAUUGACAACCUGCAGAGAGUCAAGCAGAAACUGGAAAAGGAGAAGAGCGAACUCAGGCUGGAACUGGAUGAUGUGGUUUCCAACAUGGAACAAAUUGCAAAGUCUAAGACCCAUUUGGAGAAGACCAACCGAACUCUGGAGGAUCAAAUGAAUGACUACAGGAAUAAAUGUGAUGAGUGCCAAAGAUCCCUGAAUGACUUCAGCACACAGAAAGCCAAGCUUCAGGCUGAGAAUGAUGAGUAUUCCAGACAACUGGAGGAGAAAGACUCUCUCAUUUCCCAGCUGACAAGAGGAAAGAAUUCCUACAACCAGCAGUUAGAAGAUCUCAAGCGACAACUAGAGGAGGAAAUCAAGGCCAAGAACGCGUUAGCCCACGCCGUGCAGUCCUCUCGCCACGACUGUGACCUGCUGAGGGAGCAGUACGAGGAGGAGCAGGAGGCCAAGGCUGAGCUGCAGCGUGGCAUGUCCAAGGCCAACUCCGAGGUGGCGCAGUGGAGAACUAAGUACGAAACUGAUGCCAUCCAGAGGACUGAAGAACUGGAGGAGGCCAAGAAGAAGCUGGCUCAGCGUCUGCAGGAUGCCGAGGAGGCGGUGGAAGCGGUGAAUGCUAAAUGUUCCUCUCUGGAGAAGACCAAACACAGACUGCAGAAUGAGAUUGAAGAUCUCAUGGUGGACGUGGAGAGGUCAAACGCUGCUGCUGCUGCUCUGGACAAGAAGCAAAGGAACUUUGACAAGAUUGUGUCUGAGUGGAAGCAGAAGUAUGAGGAAUCUCAGUGUGAGCUGGAGGGAUCUCAGAAGGAAGCCAGAAGUCUCAGCACUGAACUGUUCAAGUUAAAGAAUUCCUACGAGGAGUCCCUUGACCACCUCGAAACCGUCAAGAGAGAGAACAAGAACCUACAGGAGGAGAUCUCUGACCUCACUGAGCAACUCAGUGAGGGAGGGAAGACCAUCCAUGAACUGGAGAAGGUUCGUAAGCAGCUGGACCAGGAAAAGGGCGAAAUUCAGUCUGGUCUCGAGGAAGCCGAGGCUUCCCUGGAGCACGAGGAGGGAAAGAUUCUGAGGGCCCAGCUUGAGUUCAACCAGAUGAAGGCUGAGAUGGAGCGCAAACUCGCUGAGAAGGACGAGGAGAUGGAGCAGAGCAAGAGGAACCUGCAGAGGACCGUGGACACCCUGCAGGGUUCACUUGAAGCAGAGUGCCGAAGCAGGAACGAGGCCCUUCGCUUGAAGAAGAAGAUGGAGGGAGACCUCAACGAGAUGGAGAUCCAGCUAAGUCAGGCCAACAGGCAGGCGGCCGAGGCUCAGAAACAACUCAAGUCUGUUCAUGCGCAUCUGAAGGAUUGCCAGAUCCAGCUGGAUGAGUCUCUUCGUGCCAACGACGAUCUCAAAGAGAACAUCGCCAUCGUGGAGAGACGCAACAACCUCAUUCAGGCUGAGCUGGAAGAGCUGAGGGCUGCUCUCGAGCAAACGGAGAGAAGUCGCAAACUUGCCGAGCAAGAGUUGCUGGAUGUUAGCGAGAGGGUGCAGCUACUGCACUCACAGAACACUGCUCUGAUCAACCAGAAGAAGAAACUGGAGGCAGAUACAUCCCAGCUUCAGACCGAAGUGGAAGAUGCAGUCCAGGAGUGCAGGAACGCUGAAGAGAAGGCCAAGAAGGCCAUCACCGACGCUGCCAUGAUGGCAGAAGAGCUGAAGAAAGAGCAGGACACCAGUGCUCACCUGGAGCGCAUGAAGAAGAACAUGGAGCAAACCAUCAAAGACCUGCAGCACCGUCUGGAUGAAGCUGAACAAAUUGCCAUGAAGGGCGGCAAGAAGCAGGUGCAGAAGCUGGAGGCCAGGGUGAGAGAGCUGGAGAAUGAGGUGGAAAUGGAACAAAAGCGAAGCAGCGAAGCUGUGAAAGGCGUCCGCAAGUACGAGCGUCGCAUCAAGGAGCUGACCUACCAGACGGAGGAGGACCGCAAGAACCUUGCUCGUCUCCAAGAUCUGGUCGACAAGCUGCAGCUGAAAGUGAAAGCCUACAAGAGAGUCGCAGAGGAAUCGGAGGAACAGGCCAACGUUCACCUGGGGAAGUUCCGGAAGCUUCAGCAUGAGCUGGACGAGGCCGAAGAGCGCGCCGACAUUGCAGAGUCCCAGGUCAACAAACUCCGCGCCAAGAGCCGUGAUGCUGGCUCCAAGAAAGGCUUUGAGGAAGAGUGAGGUUUGGAGUCUUCAGAAAUUAUUUUGCUUGCUGUGUGAGGUAGACCCCCCCACACCCCCCACUACCACCUUCACUACCUGUAGCGUCUAAUAAAAGAUCAUCAACCAUC